AUGGCCGAUGUUAUUACUCCGCUCCUUGACAUCCUAACUUGUUUGUGUGGUUAUUGCUCCAAGUGGGCAGAUUCAAUACGCCAGCUAGGAGACAGCCUCAACUCUUUGGAAAAUGCUUCAAGUCAACUCAAUGACAUGUAUCUUGAUGUCAAGAUGAGGGUCGAAACGGCACAACAGGAUCCAGAUCCAGCGCUAAUGGUUUUGAAUGAGGUAAGGGGUUGGAUGGGCAGAGUAGAAGUCCUACAAAAUGAAAUCCAAGCCAUUCUACAGCAAGGUGAUGAAGAAAUACAAGCCAAAUGUUAUGGAGGUCGCUGUCCCAAGAAUUGUCGGGCUAGCUACAAGCUACAAAAAAUGGUCACCCAAAAGUUGAGUGAAGUUAACAAUCUUACAAGCCAAGGGCAUUUUGAUGUUGUGGCAGAAAAGUUUGCUCGCGAUCAGUUCGAUGAACUUCCUGUGGAUAAAGUUAUGGGUGUAGAAUCAACAUUUGAGGAGCUGUGUUCAUGCUUUGAGAACAAUCAGAUGGGUAUCAUUGGUUUGUAUGGAAUGGGAGGGGUAGGCAAAACAACUCUACUUAAGAAAUUCAACAAUGAUUUCUUAUCCAAGAAAGUAAGCAAUGUAGUCAUCUGGGUUGUGGCGUCUAAAGAUGCAGAUCCUCAAAGCAUUCAAGAUGCCAUUAGGAAGAAAUUGUGUGUACAAGAUUAUAUCUGGAGCAAUAAGACAAUGCAUGAAAGAGCUCUUUUGUUAUACAAUGUCUUAAUUAAGAAGAAAUUUGUGUUGUUAUUAGAUGAUGUGUGGGAAAGAGUUGAUAUGUUGAAAUUGGGGGUUCCUUCUCCUAAAAAUCAUGAAUGCAAGAUAAUAUUCACAACUAGGUUGGAAGAGGUAUGCGGCCUAAUGGAUGCACAGAGGUGCAUAAAAGUAGAUUGCCUCGCACCAGAUAAAGCGUUUGAGUUGUUCAAGGAAAAAAUGGGUGAAGCUACUCUUGAAAGCCCUCAUAUAUUGCCUCUUGCAAAACAAGUGGUGGACGAGUGUCAAGGGCUGCCACUUGCUCUUUGUACUGUUGGACGUGCCAUGGCCAACAAGAUUACUCCCAAUGAAUGGAAUACUGGGAUAGAAGUCUUUCCAACUGAGGUAUUUGUCCUUCCAAGUACUCUUAGAGUAAUAGACUUGUCUAGUAAUUUUGGAAUAAAAAAUCUACCAUCAACCAUCGGGGACUUCGUAAAUCUAGAACACAUGAACCUAAGCAAUACGUAUAUAACAAAAUUGCUAGAGGAGUUGAAGAAUUUGAAGAAGCUGAGGUUCUUGUUGCUAGACAAACUAGCAAAGCUUGAAAUCCCAGGAGAAAUCAUAUCCAGCUUGUUAUCUCUUCAAGCUUUUAGCAUGAGAGGGUCAGAAGUUCAAGGUAUUGAUGAAAAUGUGUUGUUAAAUGAGCUUGAAGGCUUAGAUAAUCUUCAAGAUAUACGCAUUUUUGUCUUUAGCACAUCCUCUAUUGAAAAAAUACUGAUCUCCUCAAAAUUGCAAAGGCGCAUAUGUGAGCUAUCUGUUGUAGGAGUAAACUUACCAGUCCAUGACUUGUUCUUAUCACUUGGAAAAAUGGAGCAUCUUGAAAUAUUACAAGUUCAGGAGCACAGAGAACAAGAGGAAUCAGAAGCUGUGGAUAUUCCGAGGAGGUCAUUUUGGGUACAUGAUUACAUAAUCACCCUUUGUGAGUUGCAUAUCGGAUGGUUUCCAAAUAACCUUGACUUGAAUUGGCUUAUACGUGUUCCAAACCUCCAAGUCCUUGAAGUAUUCCAUUGUGAUUCAUUGGUGGAAGUUAUAAGUGAAGAUUUUGGGACUGCUGACACUGAGAGAGUGAAAAUGGCGACACAAAAAGUCGCCGCUCAAACUAGACAUUCUUUCGUCACCGCUGAAACUAGACAUUCAGCGUCGCCGUUGAAAGCUGAUGAGUUUGCCACCCGGGUGAUUGAAGUAACGCAUUGCCCCAGUUUGAAGAAGCUCCCAUUUAAUUCUCAAAGUGCAUUGAAAAAUCUAAAAUGUUUUCGAGGAGAAUCUAAGUGGUUGGAUCAAUUGGAAUGGCAAGACGAAGCUACCAAGCGGCUUAUUUCAUCAAAAUUGGAAAGCGGCGACCCACUUGAAGGUACAUUUAAACGCAUUGUGAGGGAGGAGCUGAGAUUGGCAACAAGAUGGUAUCCUCUUGUCAAUAACUGA